UAGAUUAAUUACACAACAAAAACCAAAAAUAAUAAUAAAUUUUAUAGAUUUUGCGUGUGGGAAAAAAAGAAACAAAAAUUAAAUAUUAGUUGUACUAUAAUAAUAAUAUAUAUUUAGUUUUUUUUUAAAAAAAAAUAGAAUAAAGAAAAACAAUAUCUUGUAAUUAUAUAAUAAUAGAUAAAAUAGUAUAUAUAAAAUAAUAAUAAGCUUUUAAAAAAAAAAUGCCACCACCAAAUCAAUCAGCAGAACUUUUAGAAAAUAUUAAAGCUAGUAUCAAUAAAAGAAAUAGUAUAGGCGUUUUAAAUAGUAGCACAGGAAGUAGCGGUAGUGGUGGGAAUACAUUAUCUUUAUCAUCGGAAAUAGAAAGGAGGAAUAUAAAUUCAUUAGGCACAACAUCAUAUCAUUUAUCACCACCAGGAUCACCAAAUGUAAAUAAAGAGGAAAAAGAGAAAAAAAGAUCAUCAUUAUCAUUUAAAUCAUUAAAAGAUAAAGAAAAAGAUAAGGAAAAGGAUAAAGAAAAGGAUUUAAAAUCAUCAUCAUCAUCAAUUGGUCAAUCACACAUUAGCGUUAGAUCUGAUGAUUUACAAAAUGCAAUUAAAAAUUUAAAAAAGAAUGUUAUUGUUAAAAAGAAUUUAGUAGUAGAGUCGGCUGAUGAAGGUGUUUCAAUUGAGGCACCAGAAAAAAGAGGAUUUUUAAGUAUUUUAAAUUCCGAAUCAUAUACAGCAGCAAAUAAUAGUGAAAAUUGGAAUGAAAGAUGGUGCGCAUUAAAAGAAGGUUGUUUAUUUAUUUAUGAAUCGAAUCAUGACGAAGUCGAAAUUGAAAUAUUAUCAUUGGAUAAAGGUACAGUUAGAGAAAAAGAUAUCAAUAAUAAAAGUUUCCAAUUAAAUGCAACUCUAGUAUAUAGCAAUAAUCAAUAUUAUGAAAACGGUGGUCCAACUGUAGUUAGAUAUCUUUCAACUAAAUCAGCAGAGGAAUUUGAAUAUUUUGCAUGGAUCGUUCAAUUAAGAGGUGUUAUUUUCUUUUUAAAAUCAUUAAAUAGUUCAACAAAUUCCUUAUCACCAAUAAAUAGAGUUAAAAAACCAAAUCAAAGAUACAGUUUACCACCAUUAUCAUCAAAUUCACCAUCAUCACCAAGAGAACCACAACAAUCAACAUCAGGUUUUGUACCAUCCCAUAAAAAGGUUGGUAGUACUGGUGGAGUUACAACUACAACAACAACUGCACCAUCUAAAUCACCAUUAUCAUCAUCAAAAGGAGCACAAUAUCUUUCACCCCCAUCUCCAUUAUCAAGUUCACCAAGUGCACCAGGAUUAAAUAAUUAUAUGGGAUCAAGCGAAGAAGAAUCAAAUGGAUUCAAGAAAGGUUAUUUGAAUGUUCAAAGUGGUAAAUUAAUAAGUAAAUGGAAGAGCAGAUGGGUAGUAUUGGCACAAGAUACUAUUUCAAUUUAUAAAUCACAAGAUCACCAUGAAUCAGCAAAGAAGGAAGCUAAAAAAUCAUUAUCGAUUAUAUUUUGCUCAGCCAAGGUUGUAAAAUCAACUAACGAUAAAUACACAUUCCAGAUUUUAACUACCGAUAAAACUUUAUAUUUCUCUUGUGUUUCUGGUUCUCAAAUGUUAAAUUGGAUCACAUGUAUACAAGCAGCCCAAUCCAUUUCAAUGGAAGCUUAUUUGAAAUACAAAACUGGUGGUCACUCCAAUAUAAACCAUUCAAGAAGUAGCAGUAACUCUAGCAGUAGUGCAGUUACAGGCGGCGGCAGUAACCGUGGUAGCACCAACUAUGGUAGUCACAUUAGACUCAAGGAUGACGAUGUUGAAGACGACGUCCAGAAACAAUUAGACGAAAACAAAGAAUCACUCUUAAAAUUAUUAGAACAACCUGAUAACAAAGUAUGUGCAGACUGUGGUAAAGCUGAGCCAUUAUGGGCUUCAAUUAAUUUAGGAAUUUUCAUUUGUAUCAAUUGCAGUGGUAUUCAUAGAAAUUUAGGUGUUCAUCUUUCAAAAGUUCGUUCAGUCACAAUGGAUAUUUGGGAUCGUUCAACUAUUCAACACUUUGAGGAUGUUGGUGGAAACUAUAAGGUUAAUCAAUUAUACGAAUCAAAUUUACCUCUAGGCGUUAAAAAGUUAUCCCCAGAUUCAUCAAUGGAAGAAAGAGAAAGAUACAUAAGAAAUAAAUAUGAACAUAAAUUAUACUAUUCAUUAUCUUCUUCGACAACUACCCCUUCUGAUAAUCCUUCACCUUUAUCUGCAUCAAUUAGUAGUUCAAAUUCUGAAACUUCUGUACAAUAAAUCAUUUAUAAAUAAUAAUAUAAUUAAAAAAAUAAAUCACAAUAACAAUAAUAAUUUUUUUUUUUAAAAAAAGAAACAAUCAAUAAUCAAUAUAUACACUUACAACAUACAUACUUUUAUAUAUUUAAAUUAUUAUAAUAAUUAUAAUAAUAUCAACCAACAAAAAAAAAAAAAAGAAAAAAAAAAAAAACAACAAAAAAAAACAUUAAAAAAACUAUUUUUGUAAUAAAGAAAAAAAAGAAAAAAACCAAUGUUUUUUUUUACCAUUAUAUAUUUAUAUGUAUAGAUUAAUAUAAUUUC